AAUUCAUUUAGAAAAAUUAUGCCGUUCCUGCGGUUGCCAGGAGCAGUACUCAUUUUAAGCCGUACACAUCAUCAACUAAGUCAAGCAUUCGCGAUGCUAAAAUAAAAAAAAAUUUCUGUGGCCCACUCACAAAUAAACAACUUAAAUUAAAUAUGUGUAAUUAGUAUCCUGUUUAUGAUGAUUAUUGGUAGUGAAUAGUGACUUCAGUAGUUAUACUCUACUAUUAUAACUAUUAUAAAAUGAACGUACGUCAACAUAUUCACAUCAGUCUUUUGCAACGAUUUGCGUUAAAAACAUUAAUUGGCAAGCUGAUUAUGUACAACUUAAAAUAGCAAAGCUGAUUGCACAUAAAAAAGAAAGCUGCUGAGUGAAACAAUCACGAUCCAUUUCAUUCAUAAAUAUAGAUAGUACAUAUGUAGAUUAACAACAAAUACAUGCAGCAUGGGUGCGAAUUCAUCGAGCAGAUCGGACGCACAUCUGCUGAACGAUGACGAUGGUGUGCAUCGUACAAAAGCGUGAUAGUGGCAUACUUUAUGCGAUGAAAUAUGUCAGUCGCUCGGCGUGUGAGUCGCGCGGUGCACUAGGUGGUGUUAUCAAAGAAGUAGAAUUGCUUGCAACAUUGGAACAUCCAUUUCUAGUGAAUUUGUGGUUUUCGUUUCAAGACGAAGAGGAUUUAUUUAUGGUUUGCGAUUUACUGACUGGCGGUGAUUUAAGGUAUCAUCUACAGAAUCGGGUGGAGUUCAGCGAGAAAUGUGUUGCCUUAUUAGUGUGUGAGUUGGGAAGUGCUUUAGAAUAUUUGCAAAAGCAAAGAGUAGUGCACAGGGAUAUAAAGCCAGACAACAUUCUUUUGGAUGAUGCUGGUCACGCACACUUGACUGAUUUUAACAUAGCGACGAGACUGCAAAAGGACGGACUUGCAUGCAGCAUGUCUGGCACGAAGCCAUAUAUGGCACCAGAGGUAUUCAUGUGCGCUUUAGAGGAAGUCGCUGGUUAUAGUUACCCAGUCGACUGGUGGUCACUGGGCGUGGUUGCGUACGAAAUGCGUGCCAAUGUGCGGCCCUUCGUCGUCCAUUCGAACACCGGACUAGCGGAGGUGAAGCAUACAUUGAACGUGCCGGUACACUAUCCGCGCUAUUGGAGUCAUGAUUUCAUCGAUUUGCUAACAAAGUUGCUCUGCGUGCAUCCGGGCGCACGCAUCAGUUCGCAGCAAGAGCUCCAACAGACGCCGCUGCUGCGAUAUGUAGACUUCAAAGGUAUUUUGGAGAAAAAGACAAAACCACCCUUUAAACCACCUGAAGAUCAUCUCAAUUGCGAUCCGUGUUUGGAGUUGGAGGAAAUGAUUGUUGAAACGCGGCCGCUGCAUAAGAAAAAGAAACGUCUGGCCAAGCAGCGUUCAGCACAACGUGACAGCGACCCGGAAACGGUGCUCAUAAAAGAAUUCAUUGUCUAUAAUCGCUAUAAGGAAUUAAAGCGGAAAGCUAUGGAGAAGAAAGAGAACGAAUGGCAACGUGAACUGGAACACGCAAUGGCGAAUUCAAUUAUGACCAGUUUAGCGCCAAUACAGGAGAAGCCAACCUCAAUGCAUCUCAGUAGUGAUGCUGGCGAUGACAGCGCAGCAAUGGCCACCAAUGGCAAUGUUGUAGCCAAUCCUUUCAUAAACAACACGUCAUCACUCACAAAAACUAAUACAACGGCAACAAUAGCAAGCAUAUCCACAAGCAACACCACCGACGGCGCAUUACUGACGAGUGAUUCGCUUUGCACUGCAAUCGCUUCAAUUGAAGAAGCACCUACAGCAACAACAACUAUGGGGGCUACUGUUGCGAGUGCUGCAACAGCAUUGCCACCGAUCUGUGUUAAAUGCCGACAACAAACCCGCAGCGCUGUAAUGCAAACCACGCAACAACAUAAAACACAACAAUCAUCAGGCACAAAGGAUAAUGAAAGCUUAGAAUUUAUUGAUCGCACACCUUCGCCACCCGCAGUGCAAGGCGAAGCGCUAACGCCGUUAGCGGCAAGCACUUUGGUGUAGGCGAAUGUUGUGAUUUGUGGGAAUAUUGCUAAUUAAAAACGGUAUAAUUAAGAAUGACUCGU